UCCACAACAGGCUUGGUUUCAGCCAUACUGAGUAUGAGACUUUGUCAAAGCUGCAGAAUGCAGGAUCAGAUAAAAAACAGCAACAGAACCAAGAGCAAAGUAACUUUUAAAAUGCACAGGGAAAAAUUGUAAGGAAUAAGUAGUAACUCUACCUUCGACCACUGUCACCUGUCUUUGACUCAUUUUUGCCUCUCUGCUUUCUCGAGGAUCUGCUGAUUGUCCAGAGCUGCCUUCAAUUACGUGAAGAACUUCACUUAAAAUCUGGGGACCUGCCUGCUGAGAGAAAGCAAUUUUACAGAAGCGUCCUCAAACUCCUCAGCUGAAAAUAUGAAGAAGCAAGGUUCAGACAGCAAUCCUGCUCCAGUUUUGCCAGCGCUGCCAGAACCACUUAAAGAUCUGAAAAUUAAGUACACGAAGAUAUUUAUAAACAAUGAGUGGCAUGAUUCGGUCAGUGGUAAAAAAUUUGAAGUCUUUAACCCUGCAAAUGAAGAGAAAAUCUGUGAAGUUGAAGAAGGUGACAAGGCAGAUGUAGACAAGGCUGUCAAAGCAGCUAGAAAAGCUUUUGAGCUUGGGUCACCCUGGCGUACAAUGGAUGCUUCAGAGCGAGGAAGGCUCUUGAAUAAACUGGCUGACUUAGUUGAGAGAGAUCGGCUGAUUUUAGCUACAAUGGAAGCCAUUGAUGGUGGGAAACUCUUUUCUACUGCCUACCUAAUGGAUUUAGGUGCCUGUAUCAAAACAUUACACUACUGUGCAGGCUGGGCUGAUAAAAUCCAUGGGCGUACUGUUCCAAUGGAUGGAAACUUUUUUACAUUUACAAGACAUGAGCCUAUUGGCGUGUGUGGCCAAAUUAUUCCUUGGAACUUCCCAUUGGUUAUGUUCAUCUGGAAGAUCGCCCCUGCCCUUUGUUGUGGAAACACGGUGGUUGUCAAACCAGCAGAACAAACUCCACUGACUGCCCUUUACAUGGGAUCCUUAAUUAAAGAGGCAGGAUUUCCACCUGGAGUUGUGAACAUUGUGCCAGGCUUUGGACCCACCGCUGGAGCAGCAAUUUCUCACCACAUGGAUGUAGAUAAAGUAGCUUUCACAGGCUCUACAGAGGUUGGCAAACUGAUUAAAGAAGCAGCAGGGAAGAGCAAUCUGAAGAGAGUUACAUUGGAACUUGGAGGAAAAAGUCCUAACAUUAUAUUUGCAGAUGCAGACUUGGACACUGCUGUGGAAUUUGCACAUGUUGGUCUGUUCUACCACCAGGGACAGUGUUGUAUAGCAGGAUCUAGGAUUUUUGUGCAAGAACCUAUUUAUGAUGAGUUUGUUCGCCGGAGCAUUGAACGAGCAAAGAAUUAUACUCUUGGGAAUCCUCUGUUGCCUGGUGUACAGCAAGGCCCUCAAAUUGAUAAGGAGCAGUUUCAAAAAAUCCUGGAGCUAAUUGAGAGUGGGAAAAAAGAAGGAGCCAAACUGGAAUGUGGAGGAGGUCCAUGGGGAGACAAAGGUUACUUCAUCCAGCCUACAGUUUUUUCUGAUGUUACAGAUGAUAUGCGCAUUGCCAAAGAAGAGAUAUUUGGACCUGUUCAACAAAUCAUGAAGUUUAAAACCAUAGAUGAAGUUAUCAAGAGGGCAAAUAAUACUACCUAUGGCUUAGCAGCAGCAGUUUUUACCAAAGACAUUGAUAAAGCACUGACGUUCGCAGCUGCUCUUCAGGCUGGAACAGUAUGGGUUAAUUGCUAUAGUGCAAUGUCUGCUCAGUGUCCUUUUGGAGGAUUUAAGAUGUCAGGAAAUGGACGAGAAAUGGGAGAAUAUGGCCUUCAUGAAUACACAGAAGUUAAGACUGUCACAAUCAAAAUCCCACAGAAGAACUCAUAACGCUGCUUCAGAUGCAGAAUUCAGCAUCUUCAAAUGAAUCUGAAAAGGCUAUCUGAAUUCUGGAAAGUUUUACAUCCCAAAUUAUUCAUUAACCUUUUUGCUUUCUGGUUGUAUAAGAAGUACUUGCUUACAUUAACAGUAUAAAGAAUAAUGUAGAAAAUUUUAAUGUAAUUAACUGAGAAAAGGACACUUCAAUGCCUGGUACAUAGCUAACUAAUUUUGAAAUUCAUGUUCAGAAUGAGCUACUUUUUAUUUUCAGUGGAAGGUCUCUGUAGUGCCGUGAAAAUGUUCCUUUUUCAAUGUAUUCUACAGGUACAGUUUGAAUUUAUAUGUUUUUCUAAAUGUUAGAUGGCAAGGUCUCUUUGCAUUUUCUUUUCUUUGUGGCCUUAACAAAAGCACUUAUGAGUAAUUAGCAGAUAGAUACUUUUCUGUGUCUUUCAAAAAUAAUAGACUUCUCUUAGAUAUAUUUCUUAGACUACUGAAUUUGUUCAUUGUAGUACACAAAUGUAAUCUGGAUAAUAUUAAACAAUAUUAAAGUCCACUUUCAAAACCUAA